AUGAAUACUAUAGGAUAUUCGAUUCAGUCAACCCAGCGUACUGAUGAGCUGUCUGUUCCAGGUUUCAGCAGCCAAACAAAGUCCAUCCUGAAGAUUUCACUUGUUCUGCUCUUUUAUAUUGUAACCAACUAUAUAAAUGGAAUGCUUAUUGCUGUUUUUUAUAAACACCAUAUAUUCCAUAGGAACCCUCGUUACAUUUUGUUUAUUCACAUGGUGCUGAAUGAUGUGUUGGAAAUUACUAUUGCAAUUAUCAUGCAUAUUUGGACUGAGAUUGUCUAUAUCAUGCCAGUGUCAUUCUGCUACUUUUUAAUGGCUAUUGCAGUUACCACAACCUACAACACUCCUCUGAAUCUGGCCUUUAUGGCCCUCGAACGUUAUAUUGCAGUCUGCAAACCAUUGCAUCACCCUAAUAUUUGCACUCUCAGCAGAACGUACAUCAUUCUGAAUAUAAUAUGGCUGAUCAGUUUUCUUUCUCCAGCAUCCGACCUUAUAAUUAUCUUAAAUGUAGAGCCUAAGAACUUCUUCAGUACCGAAAUCAUAUGUGACAGUGACAGUUUUGUUCGAACUUAUUCUCUGUCUGUUAAAAGGGACUACAUGAGCUUUACAUAUUUUGCAGUUGCUUGGCUCACAAUGGUUUACACAUACAUUCAUAUUGUCAUUACAGCACGAUCAAUCAGUCGCUCUGAGAAAUCUUCUGCUAGGAAGGCAUACAAUACAGUACUGCUACAUGCUAUCCAGCUCACUUUGAGUUCACUUAUGUUCCUUGAUCCACUUGUCAACAAUCUUUGGCUGUACUAUCAAUAUCAAGAUCCAGGCGAUGUACAAUAUUUCACAUAUGUAUUAAUAAUUUUGUUUCCACGUCUUUUGAGUCCUCUCAUUUAUGGAAUAAGGGAGGAAAACUUCAGAAAGUAUCUGAAAGAAUAUGUGAAGGUUUGUACUUUAGUAAAACAAAGUCCCUCCAGAUAA